AUCAGCCGGUUGCCUCCAGGAUAAAACAACCACUCUAAUUUUUUUGCUCAUCGUUUUGUGCGAAAACCGGAGCUCUAUGAACAACAAAAUUAGAGUGGGUGUUUUAUCCUGGAAAAUUAGAGUGCUGGCUGAUUUUGUUGCUUUAUCCUUGGCCAAUCUGAUCUCACCUCAUGUUUGCUGAUGAUUUGCUGCUUUUCUCUGAUGGAUCCAAUUUUGUAAUACAAUGUAUUCAAAGAGUGCUGGCUGAGUUUAGAACUAUGUUAGGUCUUCAGUCGAACCCAACAAAAUGUUAGCUAUAUUGUGGGGGAAUUAGUGAGCACUGGCAAAAAAUUAUGGCGGAGUUCUCUGGUUAUAAGCUGGGGUCUCUCCCUGUCAGAUAUCUUGGCCUCCCCUUGCUGUCAGGUAAACUCACUAUUAGAGCUUGUGCUCCUCUGAUUGAUAGGGUCACUAGGAGAAUUGCCAGUUGGAAGUCAAAAACUCUAUCUUAUGUUGGUAAAUUUCAGUUGGUAAUGUCUGUGUUGUACAGCCUUACUCAGUUUUGGAUGUCUAUCUUCAUCUUGCCAAAAGCUGUUAUUAGAUCUAUUGAGAAACUCUGUAGUGAUUUCCUAUGGGGUCUGGGGGAUGGAGCAAGGAAGAAGGCAGUGGUUGCUUGGGCAAGGAUCACUUAUCCUAAAAAAGAGGGUGGGCUUGGUCUUAGAGAUAUGAGCUCAUGGAACUUUGCUUGUGUAACGAGGCAUAUUUGGGCUAUCCUUCUGAAGCAGGGGUCACUCUGGGUGGCCUGGAUAUGGGAAUACAGAAUUAAGAGAGGUAGUUUCUGGGAUGUUACUACAAAGCCAGGAUCUUGGCUAUGGCUCAAGUUGCUCAAGAGCAGAGACAAGUUGAGGGUUUGGCUAUCUGAUGAUGUUGAGGGAGUGUACUGGAAAGGAGAUCAUCUAGAAAAGUUUAGUAUUAAGAAGGUUUGGGAGGAAGUUAGGCCUAAAAGUAGGCUUGUGGCUUGGAAUGCAUUAAUCUGGAAAGGGUCCUACAUCCCAAAAAACCAGUUUCUUGUGUGGCUUGUGGUCAGUGAUUACAUUGUAAUAGGGGACAAAAUUCAAGGUUGGGGUGAAGCUGGGAGUUAUGGUUGUGUUUUCUGUCCUUGUCCUCUAGAGACAAGGUCUCACCUUUUUGCAGAAUGUGGGGUGUAUAGACAAGCUUUUGCUGCUUUGUUUGUUAAUUUCACAUGUCAAAACCAUGGAAAUCAAUGGUCUGGUGAACGUGCCUGGGCAUCACAGCAGUUUCAAAAGAGGAUUGAGGCUGCUCUGGCAGGGAGGAUGAUCUGGCAGGCCCUGAUUGCUGCAGUCUGGAGGGAGAGGUGUAAGGUCAAAUAUGGUGGGAAGCUGCUUGAUUUGGAAGGACUAAUCAGAUUGGUGAAGAGUGAGUUGAUAGUGGUUCUUGCUCAGUUGGCAGAGCUUGUUGCCAGCAAAGUUUUGAAUGCUUUUUGAUGAAAUGAAAGUCUCAACCAAUUCAUAAAAAAAACCAAUAAUUGAACUAAUUAAUCUGCGAAAUCUCUUUCAGCCGCUCGCACUCGGCUUUCCAUCGUUGACUAGUACCCGCGUUCUCACCUGGUGACGCGAUUGAGGAGAUUAUGGUUCGAUUCGGUCGAAAGGACCCUGGUUUACAAAAUAUGUCAUUUUCUCUUCCGAAUUUCGAACCGAAUAACAUUAAUUCGGUCCC